UGGAUAAAGUGUUCAGUUGAGCAAGAACCAAAAAUAGUGCAGCCUCUCACUAAUGUGUAGUGUAUCAGAGAGGCUAGUGUCUAUUGCUCUCUAGUUUAUAUGGUGUAAACUUAGGGGAGAACUCUAAAUAUGUACAGUAUAUGUACAGUAUUAUCAAAGGAGCAUCUACACUUUGCAGCUGUACAGUGUAGUGUAUACUAAACCUUUGUCAGCUUUUCAUGACUUUUUGUGUAUUAAUAUUGAGAAGCUAAGCAACUCUUUUUAGUUGUCCACACAGUUUAGUGGUAAAACAUUGAUCGCCAGCAUAACCAUCAAAAUCAUCUUACAUGUAAAUCUACACUGAACAGGCUAGAUAUUUGAAAAAUCCGAGUCCCUUUGUGUGUGAAAUCUCUGUAUUGUUGCUGCUGGUGACCUAAAGCUUGGUGCUGCAAUUUGCAUUAUUUCAAGAUGAUUUAGAUUGUUGCAGACCAUAAGAAGCUGCAUACUCAGCCAUGCUAUCUGGUCGUAACAUGGCUGUUGAUCUUUUUGCAAGACAUUGCAAUACUGUAAUCACAACUGUAUUAUUUGAGGCAACUUCUUAGGUGACUGAUAUAAGUUUAAAUUAUGAGUACCAUUAAAAUAUAGUUAAUACUAUUGCAUUAUAUUCAGGGAUAAUUGCAAAGAAGAUUUAUCAAGAAUGAAACUGGAACUAGAGAAAGAGAAGAAAGCAAAGGGUAUUUGUUCUUUUUUUAUUUUCCUUUACAUUUUACUUCAUGUAAGGUUACAGUACUAUUAUGACCUAUUAAAUGCCAACUCUCUUAUGAACAGGGUUCAUACAGGUUAUGGAAAACCUGUAAAGUCAUGAAACUGACGAAUUUCAUUUUCCAUGUCUGGAAAGUGAUGGAAUUUAAUAUUAUAUAUUGUUAGUCGUCAAAAGUCAUGGAAAAUUAAUGUUAUGUUAGAUAAUGCAGAUGUCAAAGCAAGGACAAUGUAAAAUAAAGACAAGUAAUUAAAUGGCAUGAAAAUAAUAAUCAAAAGUGACAUCUAACCCUAAGGCAGCCUGCAUAGCAUGGCAGUUUUGUCAGGAGAACUACUCCCCUAAUCUCCUCACAGUUUAUCUGCCCUCGCCUGCCUUUAUUAUUGCUGUUUAUCAUAAAAAGAGGGUACACUGUAGUACAAUACAGUGAAACCUACGAGAAUGCAGCCACUCCAAGUAAUGACAUAAGAGAAAAUUCACAAAACAUUCAAAUUUCUCUUUGUGAAACCCAAGAAAUGAACAGUCCUUUGUGAAAUUCCUACCAGCAAGAUUUCAUUUGAAUUAUAGUACUAAAGGAUUUUGUCCACAGAUUAAAAGUUAGAGUGUAGCAAAUAAUAAAGUCACUGCAAGGUAGUCUACUGAACAAAAGGGUCAGUUUGGGAUAGGGUUAGGGUUAAAAGAAGGAGGUGUGUCUUCUUAGUACGAGCUGUCCCCUAAGAGUGAUCAACAUCCAAUUUCUCCUUGUAAUAUAUAUACUUUAUAAAACAGAGUGGUCAUGAGAAUUAUGUACAUCAUCACACAAGAUGAUACUUUCUCCUGGCAACCUAUUCUGGAAAUGUAGAGGGACUUCAGAUUACAAUUUUGAUUUUCGUAUAAGGGUUUAAAUAAAUACAAUGAUUAACGCAGGUUAAUCGUAUUUCAGUAGUGACUGAAGCAUCCCGUGAUACUAACAAAGCCUCUACAAAGUCCAUGCUCAGCAAAAAGACAACCGGCAGGAAAGAGAUGGAAAGUGAAGACACGGAUGAAGAAAAGAAAAGCAAAGACAGUGAGGCAGGAAAAGGGGAGAAACCUACGCUGAGUAUGGUGAAAGGGAAUACUAGUAAAGAAGCAAGAAAUACAUCCUCUCCUAAAAACAUCUCAAGUGAGGUUCAAGGGCAAGAUAAAAACAAGUCUCGAAGCUAUGAGUCCAGUGAACUUAAAACAACAAACCAAAGCAUGUCUUUAACAUCAAAACGUGCUAGUGCAGAAGACGACAGUGAAGCUAAAAAGAUCAAGAAAGAAGAUAAGAGUGAUGAUCAGGAUAAUGUUGGAGUUGAAAAUGAGGGUGAUGAGGAUAAUGCAAGAGAGAAACCUGCAGACGAGAAAAAGGAGGAAGACGCAGCGGCAGGUGACAACGGCGAGAAUGAUGGUGAAGAGGAGGGUGGUGACAAUGAGGAGAAUGAAGGUGAGGAGGAGAUACUGGAUGAUGAAAAAGAAGUAGAGGAAGGCUUGGGUGAACCUAACAACCGUAUGGUGCUGCCACGCCCAACAGGCCUCUCACAACCUGGUUUGCAGGAUGAAGGAAGGGCUGUUAGAUCCAGAAUUCUUCGAGACAAAAAGGUAGGUUUCAGUGAAAAAAAAACAGUUUAGCUUUAAUCUGUAGUGAGUUUUCUGGCUUAGUGGGUUUUUGGUACAAGGCUUGUGGGGUGAACAAAUGGCAGGAGUCCAUGUUGCGCUAAAAACAAAAGCAUGUUUGAGUUGCUCAAACCUUAAUUGUAAAAUGGGCGUACACCGUAAAUGUAAGCCUUGAUAUGAAAAUGUUUUUUUCCUAUCCUCAAGAACAUGUGCCUCAUAUUCAGUCAAGAAAAAUUUUGCACUGUGCCUCAUACAGUGUUCAGGGCAAGCAUAUGGCAGUAGUAGUAUGUUGUAAAUGUCCAAGCAUCAACAAUAAUUAUAAAGAUUUUUUAAAAAACUAUAUGUACGGUUGUAGUGAUGUUAACAGCUUUUGAUAUGGUGUUUGUGUUUGUGAUGUUUAGAUUCCAGGAAGACUGGCUCCAGGUGGAUUGUUGAGGGAUCAUCAGGUUGAAGAGGUACGGUACAAUGUCUUCUCUUGAGUUGGUUUCCCAUGUCAUAAAUUAUCUUCAUCCUUUAGCCGCAACUGUGAUAGAAUUCACAGCCUCUCUCCCAGAUUUUUAUUCAUUAUUAGAUUUGCCAUGGGCCCCAUGACUCAGAAGAUUGCGCAAAAAAUGUUUCAGUGUUUAAUUUGCGAUCGAGACAGUCAGAAGUCAGUCUACAAAAACGUACAAUGUAACUGUGCCUUACUUUCUCAACCUACAGAAGUUUUGGAACAAAUUUUCGUUUGUCUGCUUUUUUUUAAACCGGCACAUGCCUUACCCCUCCCCCACCUCAAAUACUAAAUGGAACCCAUGUAUUCACAAUUCUUCUUGACGUUUCAACAUUAUAGAAGGUGGGUUAGGGAGAACUGCUAGGCAAUUGUAAAAAGAUAGCUAAUAUUCACCCUAUUAAUGAAUGUUAUAUUAUAAUAAUUUAUUCAUCAACUUACAUUUAUAUUAACUUACAUUAUUAUAUUUUAUUUUUUAUUAUAGGGUGAUGAAAUGUGAGACAAUGUUAUAUAAAUUCGAUGAAAACCUGUUUGAAAGGCUGGUGUAAAUUGCAGAUCAGUAUUCUCACAUUACCAGACAACUAUGACUAGCAGUGUAUUUCUCUGCUUUUUGUCAUUUUGGAACUGUGAAAUUUGUAGCUUUGUGUCUAACAUUAGGAGCAAUUACUGUCAAACUCAGAAAACUGUGAACACCUGAAAAAUUUCAGGAAUGUUGAUUGUGUACUGGCCAAUCACAGUUAAGUUCAGGAUAUGCAAGCACACCUCAAAACCACAAACUAAUUACCGUUGCUGUUUGCGGUUAGUGUUCUAGCGCCCUAUUGGCUUGUUUCUCGCAAUACAAUAACACAAUAACAAUCUAUAAAUAUUUCUGGUGUUCACGGUUUUGUGAGUUUCACAGUAAGAUCUUUCCUAGAAAUGGUGGUAGAUCAGUCAAUAUUAGUUUUUGGGCAGAGGGAUCAUGCUGUUGUGGUUCAAUUUUAUCCUUGGAUCAAAAUUAUUUUUCUUUGUUUUUGUUGUUUUUUUUUUAUAUAACAUAGAAUAAAAAAAGAAAUAGUAUUGGAACCAAGCAUAACACUGGUCUACAGCACAUGCCAGUCAGCCAUAUGAAUGCCCCUAUAAUGGGCAGAGUUCAAAAGAAAGGAGAAUAGAAUACAGCCACCAUUUAUGAAAAAGGCUUGUUUUCCUUUACCUUGUGACUUGUUUUAAGGAAAAUCAACUCCUUCCUGUAGUUGUUUUUUCUUCUAAUAUGCACCGUAUUUUCCCAAUGGAGGGUCGAUUCCAUCAAAAUCAAAGUAAUCAUUAUCUUAAGUCCUUUUCACACCAAACAUUAAACAUGUUUAAACACUGUUCAAUUAAACACGGUUUGAAAUUGUUUCGUUCAAAAAAGAGGUUUACUGACUUAAAUUGAUUGCAAACUUAGAGUAAAUUACAAAACAUGUUGAAUUUCAUUUGAAACCUGUGUAAAAACCCAAUGUUCCAGUUUUCCGUGUCUGCUUUUCAUUUUCCAAUUUUUUUCAACCUGGUUUAAUAAAACACGUCGAGUUUGGUGUGAAUUGGGCAUGAGUCUCUUAGAUAGUGAAGUAUUCAAUGGCACAGUUAGAGACCAUAUAAAGGUGUCCACUUUGUCCAACAUUUUUAUCCUUUUGCAACCCUCUUUUAGCUUCUGAUAGAAAAUUUGCACAAAUAUUUGGAAAAUCAAGGUGUUAGCUGUAUCGUGUAAACUAAUCGUGACGCUUCAAAAUAGGAUUAACGAAAGUUGUCCUUAGGGGCAGGAGAUUGUAGAGUACUCCACGUUCUCUUGACGCAGGAAGGACCCGUAAAGUGUUGUUGACGAGCUAACAUAACGAAGGCGAAAACAGCCAGGGAAUCUCUUAUAAAAAAUAUUCCCACUCUUUUAAACUUGAACGUGACCAUUUCAAAUCUCUCAAUUUGUCAAAUGGUGUCGAAUUUUUCUUGAAUUCAA